GAGAGUCUGCAGCACGACGCGUCUGCGUGUUUGCCUACCUCCACCAAUCACAGUCCGCGACGGCACGCAUGCGCACUGCUGCGCUCUACCGACUGCUGUCGUUCUCGCGUCGCAGGUGUCAACGGAGCGAGCCUCUCUGUUACAGCUGCGAGUGAGCAAACCUCUCUGUCCCAGCGAAAAUAUAUCAAUCCUACGGAGUGGGCGGGCAGGACAGAUCGUACGGCCUGAAAAUGUCCGAAUGAGACCGUGAGGCCGUGUCUGUUGCCAGGGCAGGUUUAAGCGGAGAAGAGGGCGGCUUUCUGGGCUGUAGACAGCGGGCUCGCGGAGCGUCUUCAGCGGGGAGCCCUGCGGUCCUGCCGCCGCCGCCGCUACUGCUGCUGCUGCUACAAUGUUCGUGCAGGAGGAGAAGAUCUUUGCAAGCAAAGUCCUGAAGGUCCACAUCUGUACCAUGGAGGGCACCGAGUGGCUGGAGGAAGUCACGGAAGACACCAUUAUAGAGAAACUCAAGGAAAAAUGCUUAAAGCAUUAUGUCCAUGGAAGUCUAGAGGAUCCUAAAACUCUUACACAUCACAAACUCAUUCAUGCUGCCACUGAGAGAAUUCUCACGGAAUCCAAAACUGUUGCUGAGGAAAAUCUUAAAGACAAAGACUGCUUAUUAUUGAUAAAGAAAAGACCUCCACCGGCUCCACCAAAAAUGGCUGACAUAUCUUCUGAAGAGAAGGUAUCUCAAGAGAACAAAGCACCAGAUAAGGAGGCCAUCCUCAAAGCCACAGCAAACCUGUCCACUCGUAACACUGACCGCACUGUAACUCAACACAAUAUCAGAGAUUUUCAAACAGAGCUGAGGAAGAUUCUGGUCUCACUUAUUGAGGUGGCUCAGAAGCUGCUGGCUCUGAAUCCAGAUGCUGUUGAGCUCUUCAAAAAGGCCAAUGCCAUGCUGGACGAGGAUGAGGAGGACCGUGUGGAUGAAACGGCCCUGCAGCAGCUGACUGAGAUGGGUUUCCCUGAGAGUCGUGCUGUGAAGGCUCUGCGCUUAAACCACAUGUCUGUGACCCAGGCUAUGGAAUGGCUGAUUGAGCAUGUGGAUGACCCCAUGGUUGACACUCCUCUGCCUGGACAGGACACCCCAGGGGCGGCGGCCGCUGCAGCUGCAGCCCCAGCCCCAGCUCCCUCUGCCACAGUUUCAGGAGCCCGGGCCCGUCUGUCCUCCCAGGCCAGCCUAGAGGAGGCCAAACAAGAUGAACUGACAGAGAUCUUCAAACGGAUCAGGAGGAAAAGAGAGUUCAGGCCUGACUCACGGGCAGUGAUUGCGCUGAUGGAGAUGGGCUUCGAUGAGAAGGAGGUGAUUGAUGCCCUUCGCGUCAAUAAUAAUCAACAGGAUGCAGCUUGUGAAUGGCUGCUUGGUGACAGAAAGCCCACCCCUGAGGAUCUGGACAAGGGCAUUGAUACCAACAGUCCCCUAUUUCAGGCCAUCCUGGAGAACCCAGUUGUACAGCUUGGUCUCACAAACCCCAAGACUCUUCUAGCAUUUGAGGACAUGCUGGAGAACCCGCUGAACAGUACACAGUGGAUGAACGAUCCUGAGACAGGUCCUGUCAUGCUACAGAUCUCCAGAAUCUUCCAGACACUCAAUCGCACAUAAAACACACCUCAUCUGUGGAGCGGCUGGAACCACAGCAUAUAGGGAAAAAGGUCAAUCAUUUAGAAGAGAAGUGUAUGUGUGUGUUCGUGUGUGUGUGUGUGUAUGUGACAUAAUUAUUGUUUUAAGUGGAGAAGUCACAGAAGAUGAAUGUAAAAAUACAAUGAUGACAUUUUCACAUCAUGUUAUACAGAGGAAAAUAUCUAUUUAUAACUACACAACACUUGUACAAAUACAAUGUAAGCUGUAACUUAAUGAUAAAUAUCUAACUCCAUUAUUUAGUUUUUUAUGUUUUAAUAAGAUCUGUUUUUAAUUAUAUUAAGCACAUUACUUUAUUUUAUAUAAUUUCUCUAUAUAAUUGUACAAUUGGACAUAUAUAUAAAAAAUAAAAAAUAAAAUAAAAAAAAGACAAGAAAAAAAAA